AUGAGCGCGACCGCCUCCCAAGGUACUGGCCUCAUGCGUCCCGCAGAGAGCUCACGGGCUGCCGGACAGUCCUCAAGCGCAGCACCAUCACUUUUCGACAGUGAUCCCGAGAAAGGUGGCUCCGAGCAGCUUGAAAAUGCCAGCCCAAGGCCGCCUUCAAAUCAAGCAGAGGUCCACGAGCCGAAUUGGCCGACCGAAUGGCGGGCAUGGACGACACUGUGCGCCUGCUUCUUCCUCAUGUUCAACAGCUGGGGCCUGGUCAACGCUUUCGGCACCUUUGCGUCAUACUACAAGGACGUACUCCUCCCGGACGCGGACGUAUUGUACUUCAACCUUUUCGGCGCGACGGAAUGUUUCAUGGUGCUCAGUCUGUCCGGUGUCGUUGGCCGUCUUCUGGAUGCCGGAUACUAUAGGCAGUUGCUUGGCGUCGGCUCCUUCCUGGUCACCCUCGGCUUCAUGAUGCUCAGUAUCUCCAACGGCAAAGGAGAGUGGAAGGAUGGCUCCAUCUGGAAGAUUGAGCUGACGCACGGCAUCGUCGCCGGGCUGGGCAUGGCUUGCUUUUUCGUCAGCAGCUCUCAAAUUGCCGCCACUUGGUUCCAGCGCAGGAAGAGCCUCGCUAUUGGCAUCGUCGCCUCAGGCGCGAGUAUCUCCGGCCUCGUCUAUCCGAUCAUGCUCCGCUUCCUCACUACGUCGAUCGGUUUCAACAACGCGGUACGCGCUGUCGCAGGCCUGAUCGGCAUUACCGCGUUGUUCUCCUUCUUCUUCGCGACGCCCAACCCGAAGCACAUCUAUCGCAAGCCCGAAUCAUGGAAGGACCACAAGGUCUGGGUCGACUUCGAGGCUUUCAAGUACAAGCCCUUUAACUGGUUCACCGCCGCCAUCGCCUUCCUUUUCUUGGGGUUCUAUCCGGUCUUCUUCAACCUUGAGGAGUGGGCAGCGACCAGCGGCUUUGGAUACAAAGAAGGCAUCGGUGCAUCAGCUGGACCUGGCAUGCAUAAGCCUCUUACGGCUGGCUUGGCAACCUACUACAUGCUCGCUAUCAUGAACGCGAUGAGCACAUUCGGUCGCAUUGGCGCUGCUUGGCUCAGUGAUCACUAUUCCGCAGUUCAAGUCCACGCCGUUGUCACUGGAGUUUGCUCCCUGUUGGUGCUGCUCCUAUGGACUCUGGCUCCCAACUUUGAUGUGGCUAUGGUUUUCAUUUGCUUUUUCGGAAUUUUCAGUGGCUCCGUCAUUGGCCUUCCGCCAGCCAGCAUGGCCUACAUCCUUGGCAAGGAACCGCACAGGCAAGCUAAGCUGGGCCAGUGGACGGGAAUGAUGUACACUUGUGCCGGCAUACCAUCUCUCAUCGGUCCCAUCAUUGCUGGCCACCUCAUCACCGAGUACAACACUUAUCUCACGGUUCAGCUUUGGAGUGGUGCCUGCCUUGUGCUCAGCACUGGAUGCAUGGGUGUCGCAGCCAUGUACAAGCGGAGAGAGCAGCACAACACCACAACGGACGGCAACAUGACAACGGACCAAAACGAAGCCACGGAUCAGGAGGAAGGCUAUGCCUCAAGCCAUACGGUUUCGAGCGGCGUGUCGUCGGUGGAGCGGCAAGGUGGCGACGAGUCGCAGAACGAGAAGAGUGACGACGAGGCCAAGAAAGCCAAGGCUGGUCAGCGGCAUUGA